CAGCAAAGCGAAAAGCAAAUUUGAAUUCAAAAUGGGCGGAGAUAAGUUACGCAUGUGUAAUAUAUCACCCCAUAUUUAUCGCCGGUGAAUCCUCAACUCUUAAACUGUCUAUGAUAUCUUAUUUUAAACGUAAAACAACUUUCUAAGCCAGUGAGUUGCCAUUGAAAUUGGCUGAAGCGAGAAAGGAACACGAAGGAAAUUAUGGAUAGAUUCGCCACGCGGAACGUAUUUUGGCCUUAAACAGUGACAAAAAUGGAUAUUUUGAGAAAACGCACGCCAGAGCGCGUUAUUAUAAAUUAACUUCUAAUGUCUUAAGCGUAAAUAUACAUGUAUGGCGUAUGGAGUAGUGUUAACUUUAGUUUAAGGUUUAAAGGACAUUGUGGGAUGUGUUGUACAAGUUUAAAUUAAACAGGUGUGUGAUUUUCAUGUAUAUAAUAAGAAGCUAUUGAGUAGUGACCAGAAAGAUUAUAUGUACAGACAUGCAGCUCCAUCAGUGUAUCUGACAUAUGCAUAGAUAAGUGACCACGGUAAUGAUGCAGCCAUAGAACGACUUGCACGUAAGUGAUGGUCACCAUGAUGAUUCGGACAGUUCUUCUUUUGCUUCUGAUUGGUUGUUGCUAUGGUGACGACAAUGACGUCAUAUCGCACCUCAUACUCCUGGACCAAGUUCCUCCAACUAUUGGCACUAAUGCCACACCUGAAAUUGUCAUCAGAACCAACUUCAGUGGUCAGAUAGAAUUCUUGGAAGCGGAGAAGUUCAAAGUGUUACUAAAUAUAACAGCGCCCUCUAUACAUGACGCGUACGCGGUAACAUCAGAGUUAAUAGAUCACAAAGGGAAAUUACUCCUUCAAGUUUACGAGAAGCCGGGAUCCAGUCCUACCUUCAGUUUGCAAUGGAUAUUUCUUCUGAUAUCGUGUCUGUCUGGUUUUGUGCUGUUUAUGACGGUGCUUUACGUGACCUGGUGGUAUUCUCAGAAGAAACAUCUCGGUAUCUAUGGAGCCCAGGGUUAUCUGUCCAACAGACAUAUGUACAGAUCACGGAACAGUAUGCAGCUUGGAGCAGCAGCUGAGCUCAUGGGUGAUCAGGAUAACGAUGAGACAGAUGGGGAGGAGGAUGGAGAAAGAAGGAAAACGGAAAAGGUACGAAUGUCUAUGAAACCUGAAACCAUUAUAGAGGAGUCUGAGGACAGUUGUGACGAUGAUAGAACAAAUCCUAAACUACGAUUCCAGGUACCUGUCAGUCAUGAUAUUGUGCAGCGAAAGAGGUCACUGAGGUUGGGACAAAGAAGUCAACUAUCCAAUGAAAAUAUUCGUGGGAGUGGCAUAUUAGACUAUCCUGACCAAUCAGGAGAUGAAUUAGAAAAUGACCUUUCCCCUGAACAGAAGGUUGCUGAUGCUGACGGGAGUUACACGCCCUUGGGUGACUUGGAUGAUAUGUGGCACGAUCAUGCCGUGCAGAACUCGCAAAGCACAGCAAAACUUGCUGAUCCUAGAGGAAAUCUAGACUACAAUAUACAAACAAGUAAAUCCGAUGGAGAUCUGUUGGGAGACAACAAGAAACUUUCUGAGAAAGAAAAAGUUAUAAUUCCUCUAAAAGUGGAAAUCCCAAAACAGAAAAGAUCCCCAAAUAAAGGGAUUACAAUACAAAAACGGGCUGAACCAAAUAUAUACCAAAAAGGAUUAAAUGUACGGCCUCAUGAAAAUGAUUUGAGUUCUUCACCUGUUAGGUCAGAUCAAGUCAGAGCCCAAGUUCACACACCAGAGCAGCAUCAAUAUGUAAACAAUAGCUUUGGGCAAUACAUUGAUCUUAAAACUCCAGACCAAUUGUCAAGGUCACGUGUAAGUCGUGAGUCAAACGAUGCGUAUGAACUAUACACAUACCCUGCAGACAUUCCUAUGUCGACAUUCAAAACUACAAAUGCUAGUCCUGUCAAAGAAUCUCCUGUCUAUAAAGUCCCGAAAAAACCAAAACCUGUGUUUCAUAGUGGGUCACCGACAAACUUUGAUUUUAAUAAACUUGACCCAAAAGUAAGUUUAAAUCAACCCAAUGAACCAUAUUCUCCCGGAAAGUUUAGUAUGUUAAGUGAAGGGUCGAGCAGUGACGAUUUCUCGAACAAUGAAGAGGAUCUUGACGACACGGGAGAUUUUCUUCGGUUGGAAGAUUCUGACAUUGAUCUCCCGUCACCUGAUCAUAAUGUAGAUGGUGACCAACUGUCUAAUGCUAGUCUACCUCUGCCAAGUCCUCCGCCGAUGGAGAAUGAAUUUAUGCCAUACGACACUCAUGGACGAAUCUCUCAACUCUCACCUCGGCAAAGCCUUGUGACACCAUUAGAUAGUAAGGAAUACGGAACUGUUAUUGCUCUCACGGGGUCGCCAUCUCCUGGUGGACCAUAUUCAAAGCACAGUGUGGACCGGUUUGUUUUCCCUCCUCCGCCAACCAUGUAUAAUCCCCCGCAACAUGCUGCAUGGGCUAGAAGAGAACUUAACUUUCCAAGUUCCAGAGAAGAAGGCGGUGAUUAUGUUGGCCUACCAAUGAAUCUGAAGGAUCCACCCCAAGGACCGCAAGCCAAGGGUCAAGGAAAUGUCCCGCCGCCACUGGGAUUUCCACCACAGCCACCGCCACCGUAUGGGUAUGUUUUGGCGGACAGACGCGAUGAGGCAAAAAGCCGGGAACGUAAACUGAGCCUGGGUAAACGAGAACGCAAACAAAGUGGCGGAGAUAAAGAACGAGGCCCUAGUGGAGGCGAUAGAGAACGGAACCAAGGUGGUCCAGAUAGAGAACGCAGGCAGAGUGGGCAAGAUAGAGAACGGAAACAAAGUGGUUCUGAACGAGAAAGAAAACAAAGUUCAGGGAGAAAAGGAAAGGCUCCAAAACAUCUUCAUCUCACAAUAUUGACUACAAUGUGUGUGCUGAGUGUGAUGUCAGGGGUCUAUUGUGCUGUAACAUCUGACAGAACGAGGGUUAACAUUGUUGUGUAUGUGCCUGCAGCAUUUCCCUACAAGAAUUCUACAAUCUUUACCGCCCCUGGAAAAGUCGUGAAAGUACAAGACUCAAAAGGAAUGGAAUGGUUUGUGUCUCCAGACCCCAUCCUUCACAAGCCAAACGGUACAUCAAAAUGUUCCAAUAACAGAUGUGCACACACGUGUGAUGACAACACUGGGGAAUGUAUCUGCCGGCAUGGUUACAGCAUGGACAAUGGAAUAUGUAGAGAUAUCAAUGAAUGCCAGACUGGGAUGAUACAGUGCUCUCACUCACAAGCAGGCUGUGUUAAUGUUGAUGGCACAUAUGAAUGUUUAUGUAUGACUAGCAGUAACCUGUACGAGUUUGGGGAUCGUUGCCUUGAUUGCAGAGAUCCAUGCCCUGCUGGGAAGUACGAGAUCCAGCCAUGUAGAGGAGACAGUAAGAAAAUCUGUAAAGAAUGCACCAAGUCUUGUGGAGACAACUUUUACAUGAAAACACCGUGCACAGAAGACAACAACGCUGUUUGCCUCAAGUGUCAGCCGAAAUGUAAUGCAGAUCUGGAGUUUGAGUUUAGCCAGUGUAGUGCAACACAAAAUCGCGAGUGUAAAGCUAAAUUCCGACUGCCUAAACCAGCAAUGUCUUCUAAUGUGAUACUUGAUGACUUGGCUGCACCGAAUGAUGAGGCAAAACCGAUCCCCUAUCAUAAUGGAGUUUACCCGAGUUUCUUACUUGAUCGGGGCCACAAUGGGUUCGGGUCACACUUCUGGAUACAGGUCAGAGUGCUGGAGUUUCCAGCCGUGGUUCUCUUCCAGUCCAUAAACCAUUCAGAAGCAGUGUCCGCGAAAGACUUCACCGGAAAUAGAGAAAUCAUCGAUAAAUACUGUCCUUAUCCCGUUCCAUAUAUGUACAAACUGAAAUAUGUUAAGCAUAAUAAUGUUUACUAUAAAGGAGAUGCAAAUGAGGGUACAGAGGCUUUACAACCAUGUGAAACAGAGAGGGAGAGUUUUCCAGAUGUCACUAAGGCAGCGGAUGAAUCUAUUCUGUGUUCAAAACCUGGAAUCUUCGCUGAUGUCUUCCAAGAUAUCAAACCAGAGGAAUAUAAUGGAACUGAGACUGUAUGGGAAGAAAAGGACAGAUGGUGCCGGGAGCAGCACGAACGAUGUGAAAACUGUUCUCGCAGUUGCAUUCUACAGAUGAAUGCAGGCGGAAGUAGAAAUUGUGGCGUGUCUGCGGAAGAUGAUACAGGAAAGUCCCCGAGAAUCCCAACUUGUGUAUCGUGCUGUACAAGAGAUAACUGUAGUAGGCUCUGCAGAGACUAUCAUAACGAUCGAUGUAAAAUGGUCAAAUGUCAGAAGGGGUCAUUGCUUCAGUUUGAGUUAAGUCCAGUAUACCCGCCAGGAGACGUGUUUUACUGCCAUGUUGAACCUAUUCUUGGACAGAGAUUGUUAGUUAUUGAGUAUGAGGUCAAUCUCCACAAGAACUCAGAGCUGCCGUUUUUUAAAGGAAAGCUUACACUUCAUACAGAUGUCAACUGGCAGAAAACCGGGAAAAUUCAAGGAACGGACAGUAUACUUCAUGCGGAGAUAGACUCACAGCUAAAGGAAAUACCAAACUUUAUAAAAGGAAAAGUUGGUGACAUGCAAGUAAGGGUUGGUAAAUACAGCGUGGACGGGGAAAGCAGGUUCCUAGGAACUGUCACUUCGAACAAUAACAUUUCCAUACAACCUGAUUCACCUUUCGGAAUUAACCCAAAACAAUUUGAGAAAGAAAAAUGUAGUGACAGUACUAUGAAGUGGGAGAAUGUUGUUACAGGCAGAAGUGACGAUAUUUGUAACAUUUCAAAGAACCUUAUCGCCAGUUAUGAGGGAAACUCCACCUACCUGAUUUUUGAUAGGCAAAAGGCUAUUCUUAAAAUCAAGUUGAAUGAGAACAUAUCACUUCUUAAAGCAGUACGCAAGCCAACAAAGGUGUUCAACGAUACAUUGUCAGCCAAUAUGACAAUGAAUGGAACACACUGGAUCAUCGUCAUGGCAGGAGAGGUUGAGGACUGUCCAGGUGUUUUCAGUUUGGAUCUGUCAGAUCCGUACUAUCUGCAGUCACCGCUCUAUCACUUUGAUGUGGGGAUAGAAUGUCCAAGAAAAUUUAGAAUAACUUUUACAGUUCCGACCGGAGACUCCCGUGCAAUGUCCAAGGAUAUGCAGAUACAAAUUCAGGAUACAACAGGGACUUUUAUCCUCAGGAUACAUACAGUCGGAAAUCCAAACGCUUAUGCUUUUAAGACUGUGCACGAGCCUGAGUCAACCACUGCACGAGAGGUAUUGACAACGGAAAAGCCUAGUUACACUGCACCCAUACAUUUCUCUAUUCUGUUUAUUGCGGUAGUGUUUGGAGCAAUAGUUCUUCUUGUGCUUCUGCUCAUCUUUGGAGUAGCAUGGAAACAAGGUAUACCAGAAGGUGACAUUCAGAGAUUCAGGAUACGCCACCUUGUCUUGUUGGUUGUCUACAUCACUUUCCAGUUUAUCUAUGCUCUCUUUGUCUCCAUGUCGGUGUUUGUGAUGAUCGUCAUAGCUGUGAAUGGGGAGACGACGUCAUUUUUGAAGCAAUACAAUCAGCAAAGAUCUGUAACAACGGCAUUAAGUCAGUUAGAACUAGAUUCUAUGGAGUUGCACCUGAGGACAGAAAUGGCGCGACAGAAUGCCGAGGCAUCAACCCGGAAAGCAGACUGUCAUUCUACCAUACAGUCAGUGAUUGCUGAUGUUGAAAAGUUACAGAAGUCAAUAGAGACAGCAGCCAUCAAUAAGGUACAGAGACAGAGCAUCAAGAAACUUGUAACAGAACACACUGAAGCAACAUUUGAUGCAUUUUCUAGAGAUAUACAAAAAUUCAGGGAUCGAUACCGGAAGUAUGAGCAGUACGUGCUAGACAAACUGCGAUCUGAAACGGAGAGUACAUUACAGAGUAUACAGCGGUCCAAAUGGCUGCGUGGUGCACAAUACCUUUACCAGAUAGUAGCAAUCAACAAAAAACUCAUGAAUCCAGGCUCAGACAUGGUGUCGUUUAUGACAUGGGUCAAUAUGGACACGGAUAUGAAAAAUUUAUUAAAAGGUUUAACGCUCUCUUUACCUGACUUGCCAGACUUAAGGAGAAGUCAGUUUAUAGAAGCUUCUGAUAGGCAGGCAAGGACAGCAACUCUGACUCACAAAACACCAUUAUCAUCUCAAACUAUGAAUAAAUGGUUUGUACAGCCGGACUUGCAUACCAAGAAGGUGAACUCAACACGGACUAACCCGGAGGAGAGCACAAAGAAAGUAUCCACGUUGGAUCCCGGAAGUUACGCCAUCUUCCUUGUGUUCAUGGUGAUCAUCGAUAUAUUCUGGAUGCUACACCGUAUGAUAAAAGCUUGUGGGAUUGGACAACUUCUGUUGUACGGCUACCCGGUAUAUGUGGAUGUACGGGAGAAGAAAGGUUCUAUUCAACACUACGAGGAGGGUCCAAAUAAUGUAGAAGUUAAGAAGAGCAACAAAAAGUCCUUCACGAGCAAGUUCAAUACUAUUUUGAACAAGGUAUUGUCAACAUUAUUUAUACCAAAAUUGAUUGGAACGCUUUUUGUUUGUCUGAUGGUCUAUUUUGUGUCACUGUGUGCAUACAAGUUUAUAAACAGAGAAACAUUCAGUUACUUGGGUUACCAUAAUGACAUGGAGGAUAUCAUGCGAAUAAAUGAAGAUGUUAUGAAUCGGCGAUUAAAAUCACAUGCUGAACGUAUAAAUGGUCUCGAGUACAAGAUGUAUGAAAAUGCAAUGAACAUAAAUAUUCAGAACCAUCAGUAUGUUUUAAACCUUGUUGAAACUCAAUGGAAAGCUAUAGAACAGUCUCAUACAAAUGCUUAUUGCACAUACCUGCAAAGGAUAAAUGUGACAGCUAGUUGCCAUGGUGAUACAGGGGAGGGUACUUUGACAGAAGUGAGACCAGACAGGUGCUCCUUUCCGCCAGUGUUGCCAACUUUGUACACAAGAAAUGUGACGUCAUCAUCAAAAAUCGCCGGCAUGCAGUUGGAUGGCUUUUUACUUAAUAUUCGUAAACUGAUUAACGACACGUGUUACAUCAUUGUAAUUUAUUUAUCUGCUAUCGUUAUAAAGGAACUGCUUGGUACUGUACUGUGGAUUUAUAUCAAAAGAUCCGGUUUUGUAAGUUUGCGAAUCAUCUAUGAGACAGACGAAGCUCCUGGGUCAGCAGACAGUUCCACAACAAACAAAUGAUGCCCCGAUUGAGACAAAUACAGAUAUGAUAGGAUCAUACUUAAGCGACGCAGUUGAAAGACUGCAACAAAUACAGUUCUUUUUGCACUGAACAAAGUUUUAUUUAAAUACUCGUGUUCAAGUACAGUAUGAUUGAGCACAGGUCGAGGGCUUCGUGAGAAUGAAUCGGUUAUUAUAGUGUUGGGGAUAAAAGUGUUAAAAUAGAGAUAAUCAUCAAUCUAUUGUAUAAUUAUAUUGAAUAAAACUUUGAUUGCAAUGAAGUAACAGUUUAAAACAGCAUAGCUUUCACUAUUUGACGGCUUUGUUGAAAUAGACUAUAGGUGUUUAUUAUAAUUCAGUUCAAGCAAAUCAGAUUGCAUGGGUCGUAUUUUAGAAAUAGACCCCAAGUGUUUUUUAGAAAUAAACUAGUUAUAGUUAAGAUUACAAAGCUUCCAUAAAUUGUUCGUAUGGCAGAAAUGGACUAUAAGUGUUUUUGUAUUUACUUCAUGUAUAAAGGACGAGUUAAUACGACUACAAAGGUGCCAAUGUUGAAACGUAUUAGAUGUAUGCAGUAUAAACUAUUAUUACUAUGAAGUACGAGUAAUAUUGCAAAGUUCUACUGUGAGAUCGUAUCAGCUGUUUAAGUGUUGAGUUGAUUAGAAGAUAUGAUGUUUAUUUUGAUUAUAUGCAAUCUUGUCAGGUUGUUAUUUUAUUUCUCCAUUUUUAUGUAUGGCGACAUACAACAGUAUAUUUCACUCAAAUAUUUAUUAAACUAUUUGCAUGGUACACUGGUUUGGAUACUGUGCUGCCUCAUUAUGUGUGAUUUAUGUUAGUGGACUUCUCUAUAUCCAGUUCCAGCCUCUUUCAGCAUUUUCGGAAUGCCAUGUGCAACAUUCACCAAUUAGGUCCGACAAAUGCCGAAUUGCCUUUUUCUUCUUAUUUUUUUAGAAGUUCAGUUGUGAUUAAAAUGUGCAUAAACUACCGACAAUAAAUUUUGGUGAAAGUAAGAACAAGUUAUAAAAAUAAAUUUAAAAUGGGAAAUAAUCUCAUUUUUAAACAAGAGAAAAUCUCUAGCAGGCGAACUACUACAAAGGAGAUCGCAAGUAUCCCAUUUGGUGGGAGUUUUUCAAAACGCUUAUUGUCAUAUUUAGAAUAGAAACAACACAAAAUUAAAGACUAAGAAUACUUACCAUUGAUACAUUGAAUUUUAAAACUGUCAUUAACACCCGCAAUUCUUAAGAUGCGAGAAAACCUCCAAUGGGACCACCCACGGCAAUAUCCCAAUGGGAAAUAAAUAAUCUCCCAUGGGAAGACAGACUAUUAAAUCGUCAAAGGAAUUCAUAUUUUUUUUGAUAUUUGAAAAAGGAAAAAGUGCAAUUCUUUAUUGAUACAUGUCCAAAAAAAAUUAAAGAAAUGUCAAAAACAAAUUGAGGCUAAGUUUUGAGAAAAUUUCGGAUUUGCAAACUAAAUCCAGAGACAGUUUUUACGAGUGUACAUAAGUAAAGUGCCAUUACGGUAUCGACUCACUGUUUAAACCCAUUUUACUAGUUUAGACACCAGCGGUAAAAGAGUGUGUUGUUAUGUGGUCUGAAUUAUAACAUAAAUAUUACGAACAUAACAUUUGUUAAAAGUACUGCAUAACAUAGUAGACCUGCUGUAUUCUUUUUAUCGCGUAUUAGAUUUAGAUAUUGUAUAAACUAAGGUAUUAAUUUGAAACAUUUGGUGCAUUUUGGUUAGAUAUACAAAGGUCUUUUUGUAAUAUAUGUACAUGUUUUAUUAUGCUUUAACAUUUAAACAUUUUUUGAUCGUUUUUGUGUUUGAAUUUGUUUUCAUAAUAAUUAUAACACAUAUUGUUAUUAUAUGUAUUUUUGUUUUUAACUGGACAAUUGUUCAGUCAAUGAAAACAUGAUUUUAUUACACUGACAAUGUCUAAUACUAGUAAUUUAAUAAAUCUGUUUUAAGCAAAGAAA